AUGGGAUUAAAAAUAAACGCACAGAAAACCAAGUAUAUGUAUUGUACUAGAUCAGGCAACCAGACACCUAGACUAUUAAUUGAUGAUCUGGAACUGAAAGGUGUGGACACCUUCGUCUACCUGGGCUCACUGUUGACCAAAGACAACAAUGUCAGCGAAGAAAAUAAAAGAAGAAUAUUGCUUGCCAAUAAGUGCUAUUAUGGCUUGAGGAAACAGAUGGCCGCAAAACUACCGAGAAAAAUGAAAAUUACCGUAUAUAAAACAUUAAUAAGACCAGUGUGUUAACUUACACAGAACGACCAAGAACUGCUUAAACAUUUCGAGAAAGAAAU